AUGUUAGUCGUGCCGGGUUUAAGCAUUCAUCCGUUGUCGCAGUUUUUUAGCGUGUGUGGUACAGUUGAUGCAGAAUUUGCGCCAUGUGUUCAGAAAGAGAUUGCUGAUCAAAUUUUCUAUGAUUGUUGUAAAUUAUACAUUAAACCGGAAUGUCAUGAACUGUGCCGAUAUGAAACAAAUCGAGAUAUGGCCCAAUUACUUUUGUUGGAAAUAUUUCAUACGAAGAAAUGUUCCCUGGAUAAUGUACCUGCUGUAUUAUAUUGUGCAUCCCAAAAUCGAGACAAUCGGUUAUGUUGCAGACAGUUUGGUUUAACAUCAGGGAAACUUGGUGUUCGUCGGGAAUUCCUACGAAUGUGUGAUCCAUUUCAUUUUUAUAUUCCCAUGCUACGGGACUAUGAUUUUGUUUGUCUAAGUAACUGGAAUAUCAUUAUGUAUUGUCAUCACGGUGGACUCAUGUACUAG